AUCCGGCCUGAUGCUAUCGAAAACCAAAAAAAAGCAGGUUCCGGACCUGCGUAUCCUGUACCAAGACAUUAUCGAAAUUUGUUUGCGCCGCUGGUUGGAGUGAUAUCCAGGAGAGUUCGAAGCGCAGGUUGCAUUGAUGAGCUUAUAGAUUUGGGUGGGCUCAUUUUAUGGCAUUGUUUAUUAUUGUCUUCUUCGCGUCCAUCGCUCGUGGCUGCCAAUCGGGUUGGGGUAUGGCCACACACAUCGACACAUCUGGGGGGGUUUUUGGAAUUGCUUUUGUUUUACGAGGAGAUACCCUCACAGACGGCGUUCAGGUUCAUCGGGAUCAUAGGGGGCGGGGUGAAGAUCGCAUGCAUUCGUUUACGUUGAGAAGCGACAGCUGCCUAUGGCGUUUCGCAGAGUUCCCGUGGCGGCAGCUUCUUGGAGCGAGCACAAAAAAAGAGACCAAAAGUGACACGGAAGAGCGAGAGCGAAGAGAAGACAAACUUGUAUUAUUAGCUAGCUUCGCAUAUACCCCUGGAAGGCAGAGCAUUCAUCCUCGACAGCGAGAUGCCUUCAUUUGGCAUCUUCCAUCGAGGAUACCUACAUUCGCUACUGCCUCUGUAAUCUAAUUGUUGAAAUAUAUAUACAUAUGUUCAUCGGAUGCUAUUUACUCUUGCUC